CCUAAUUAUCGCGAGCUACUUGAUUUUUUAGAAGAAAUAUUUAGUUUUAAGGGGCACCUACUCAAGUAACCUUCAAGCUUUUUGAAAACCGGUUGAAUGUCAACAAUGAACCUACUAUGGCACUUGACAAGUACUGUAUUAUUGUGGAUGUGGACCUUCGUUGAGUCAGCGGACCCGAACCAAUAUUCUCGGGGUGUGGACUGGCUGAGCCGUUAUGGGUACCUGCCCCCACCUGACCCCAAACUCGGGAGACUGCAGUCCAAAGAGGGCAUAGAGCAAGCCAUCCGAGAGAUGCAGAGGUUCGGAGGCAUCGAACAAACUGGAAAAUUGGACGAGAAGACGUUAGCACUGAUGUCUAAACCUCGCUGCUCGUUACCCGACAUCAUGGGUUCAGAGGAUGUGAUGAAGAGGAGGAGGAGGAGGAAGAGGUAUGCCCUAUCCGAACAGAAGUGGGGGAAGGAGAAGAUCACAUGGAGCCUCUCCAACAAACCCACACGGAGCAGGAACCUGAACGACCCAGAGACGGUGAAAACCAUCAUGGGGUACGCCCUGAAGCCCUGGAGGGACGUCACCCCACUGGAGUUCCAGGAGGUGGAGGCGCACAGGGGAGCGGAGGCCGAUCUUGAGAUCUCCUUCGACCGCGCUCACCAUGAUGACGGGUACCCAUUCGACGGGCGGGGCGGCACGCUCGCUCACGCCUUUUUCCCGGGCGAAAGCCGCAUCUCGGGAAACACCCACUUUGACGAUGACGAGGAGUGGGGCUUUCAAGAUACCAGUGGGCAGUCUACGGACCUGUUCACGGUGGCAGUGCAUGAGUUUGGUCACGCGCUGGGCUUGGGUCACUCGGCUGUCUCGGGAUCCAUCAUGGCCCCGUACUACGCCGGCCCCGCCACAAGGGACAUCAGAUCCUACCGCCUGCCUCAGGACGACACGCAAGGCAUCCAGCAACUCUAUGGACCAAGAGAUCCCAAGAGCCCAAACCUUCCAAACCCUGGUCUGCCUGACCUGCCAAAGCCCCCUCCGCCCCAUGGCACGCCUGUGCCUGACCCAACUGUUAAAGAUCGCUGUGGCGGAAGUUUUGAUGCAGUUGCAAACAUCCGAGGCGAGGUUUUCUUCUUCAAAGGUAAAUUCUUCUGGAGGAGGGAGCACAGUGGCUCCUUGCUCUCGCUGGCUCCAGCCGAGAUCAAGAACUUCUGGAUCGGCCUUCCAGACAACAAUCAGAAGAUCGAUGCUGUCUAUGAACGCAGUGACAGUAAAAUCAUCUUCUUCAGCGGAUCAAACUACUGGGUGUUCGAGAACACCAAAGCCCUGCCGGGCUACCCUCGGCACAUCAGUGACUGGGGCAUGAAGCACUCAGAUGGGCGUCCUGUCACCAGCGUAGAGGCGGCGUUCGUCUGGGCCCAUAACGGACGCACCUUCCUCUUCAGCGGAGGUGAAUUCUGGGGCUUCUCCAAUGGCAAAGAUAUCCAGCUGCAGGGGCCGGACGAGGGUUACCCCAAAGGAGCGUCCCUCUGGAAGGGGAUGCCCAGCCACCCGGACGACAUCAUUAGCUACAGAGAAGGAAACACAUAUUUCUUCAAGGGAAACUCCUUCUGGAAGAUUGAGAAGGGCCGAUUGGAUCAGGAGGAGGUCAAGGAGGAAUCUACAGCCAUUGAGUGGAUGAAGUGUGACAAGGGGGCAGUGCCUACUCGACCGCCAGGGAAGGAGGACUGUGUGUGCAACAUCACUGGAUCAUCCGCUGAUGAGUGGAGUAGAGCUACAUUCCAGUCUGUUGUUUUGAUCGCUGUAAUGAUCCUUGUGCAGCUCUUAUGAUUGUUGUGACAGCCUUAUGGUGACUUGUUGCAGCUUUUUACACACAUGCGUACAAAACGCACACACACACACACAUACACGAGCACGAGCACGCGUGCACACACACAGACACACACAAACACACACACACACACACACACACACACACAGACGGACGGAUUAUUUAUAAAGACCAAUUGCACUGGGGCACGACCAACCAUGUAUGACCAGUGAAGGGGCACUACACGACACAAGAUUUAACAAUGUUUUUCAUAAAGGGGAUACCAAGUUAAAGCAUAAUGUCACCAAUGCAACAAUGUAGGACCAAUUCCGGGCUCCUAAAUGGGCAGGACUUCCCCACUGAACUAUAUUAAUUCUGAAUCGCCACUUGUCUCCUAAACGGGC